GAACCUCUGCUCUGCUCAGCUCAGCUGCGCGCAGCCCCGGGGAGCCCUGCACUGCUCGGGCUGGUGCCUCCGCCCCGCCGGGUCCCUGUGCUCCUGCCCUCUAGCCCGCCCUCUGCAGCCGGCGCUGUCUCAGGCUGCGCCCAAGGUUCAACAGUGUGACCAAUCUUGAUUCAUACACUCACAGCAAAGCCUCCAUCUGUCUCAUGGAUUAUAGAUCUAAAUUGAUGGCUUCAGUAACAGAUGCCAGAUACAGACACAAUGAUGCUUCAGACCAAAAUUUCGAUUAUAUGUUCAAACUCCUGAUCAUUGGCAACAGCAGUGUGGGCAAAACGUCCUUCCUCUUCAGAUACGUUGAUGACACUUUCACACCAGCUUUUGUUAGCACAGUCGGAAUUGACUUCAAAGUGAAAACUGUUUACAGGAAUGACAAGCGGGUGAAACUGCAGAUCUGGGAUACUGCUGGACAAGAGAGAUACAGGACUAUCACUACAGCCUAUUAUCGAGGCGCUAUGGGGUUCAUCCUGAUGUAUGAUAUCACCAGUGAAGAGUCGUUUAAUGCAGUGCAGGACUGGGCCACUCAGAUCAAGACCUAUUCCUGGGAUAAUGCACAAGUCAUUGUGGUUGGAAACAAGUGUGACAUGGAGGAUGAAAGAAUCAUUCCUCUGGAAAAGGGUAAACAUCUGGCUGAUCAGUUAGGUUUUGAUUAUUUUGAUGCCAGUGCCAAAGAGAACAUCAAUGUGAGACAGGUCUUUGAGCGCCUAGUGGAUAUAAUCUGUGACAAGAUGUCGGAGAGUAUAGAGUCUGACCCGUCCAGAGGCAGUUCUGGGAAGAACAUGCGACUCACAGACAACCCACCGCCUUUGCAGCAGAACUGUUCCUGCUAGUGAUUUUAAUCUCUGUGAAAUCUCUCUCUCCCCUUCCCUGAACACACUUUAUCUUUUCACAUGUGAUGAUGUAUUAUCAUAUCGUCUGAAGGCUGGAGUUUCUGUUAUAGUGGAAAUGGACGUGGUUGUUAAAUGUCCUGGAAGUUUAAUGUUAAAUAUAUCUAAUACACCUAAUAUUGUAAAACAAACAAAAAACCUAAAUAAAUAUUGUUAAUAGUU